AUGGCUUUACCCCCGCCGUCGCAGGACCGGCCUCCUGAUCCUCACCAAGCAUCUAACCAGAAGUGUUCCUUUAGAGAUAAGUUGCUAGGCAAUCAAGCACCCGUUCCAAGACGCGAAACAGUUGAUCUGAUCGGAAAGAACUUAUUCAGAAUUGAGUUCGAAGAUGGAGAUAGACGUCGUCCACGAUGUUAUGCGGAUGAUAGUGUGCUGAAGGACUUGUGGCUUCCAUGGCAACAUGCCAUUAUUGUUAAAUUGUUGGGAAAAAACAUAGGUUUUGUAACCAUGAGAGAUCGACUACGUGCAGUAUGGAAGUUAACAAGCGACAUCGAUAUGCUGGACAUUGGCCAUGGUUUCUUCAUGGUCAAAUUUGAUCUGGAAGCAGACCGGGAAAAGGUUAUUAAUGGGGGACCUUGGAUGAUUUUUGAUCAUUAUGUUGCUAUUCGUCCUUGGACAACAGAUUUCAUAGCAUCACAAGUGAAGAUAAACAAAACACUUGUUUGGAUCCGCUUCCCCAACCUAGGUAUGGAGUACUAUGAUGAAAGCUUACUGCUUGCGCUAGCCACUGCAGUGGGUCGUCCUAUCAAAGUUGAUAUCCGUACCCUUGAUGCGUCCAGGGGUAAGUUCGCUAGAGUGUGCAUUGAAAUCGACCUGGACAAGCCGGUGGUCGGCAAAGUUUGGUUCCGAGACUUUUGGUAUCAUGUGGAAUACGAGGGACUUCACCUGCUGUGUAAACGGUGUGGAGUAUACGGACAUGUGGCACGUAACUGCGUAACUACACCGACGGGAACUGAAAAUACUAGCACAAAGGAAAACACAGGUGGUACUACGGGUGGAACGCCAAGCACGAUGGGGACUCCGAUCUCGACACCGGCUGAAUCUCCAGCUAUGGUAACUGCAGUUAAUGCACCCGAAAAUAGUGGAGAAGAUUUGUAUGGUGAGUGGCUUGUUGUCAACAGAAAAAAAUAUAAUAAUAAUGGGAGGAAUUCACGUGCCAAUUUGCAUGGGGAUAAGGCAGAGUCUAAGGAGAAUAAAAAGUUUCCUAAUAAAAUCCACAAGCUGGCUACGUGUACGGAUGAUGAUAAAUUUGAUGUGAGUGGGGCCCAACUACAUAUAAUGGGCUCCAAGUUCCACCCAGGAGAGUCUUCAAUCUUACCUAAGGUUUGGACUAAGACAAAGAACAAAAGAGCCCGUGGUAUGGGCCAAAGGGAAAUUGAGUCCAACAAGCCCAAUCCAACAACAAAGCGGGGCAAUGGUCUGAAAAAACAAAUUUCAUUCUCCCCACACCAGAAUAAAAUGAUAUUGGCACGGCCGGGUCGGUUAGAACAAAGUAAAGCACCGACCCAGGAAAACCAUCACACACAAUUGCAAACUCAAAGUGUCACGUUUGUUGGUAAUAUAGGUCAGGAAAAAAAUCAAAGUGAAAUUCUGGUGAAACUACCUAAACCGCCAGAUCCUGCUACUACCGCUGGAGGAAGAAAUGAAGCUAUCAGCCUUAAUGCAGUGGAGGAUGACGAGGAAGAGAUGCAGGUGGAGAACCCUCCCCACCGCCAGUAA